AUGGGAAACUCAUCCUCAUCCCAAAAUGAACACAGAAGGAGAAGACUAAUUCUGUUAAGUGAUGAACAUACCCAAAAUUGUGGGGAAAAAAAUGACGCGAAAAUUCAAGGUGGCAUAAACCUGGAAGAUACGGUGAACAACACACAGGAACAGACCAUCGUGCAAAUGGCACCAACGGGGGGAGAACAGCAAUACAAGGAACUACGAAGCGAGAUCCUCAAUGACCUGAUUAAGGAGCGCGAAAAGUAUAUGCAUUCGCAGAUCGACCAAUUUUACGCCACAGAUAGUGGAGAUUAUAAUGAGUUCAUAUCGACCCAAAUGAGUAAGAACAAAUGCAUUCCGGAUGAACAGAGAAUAUAUAAAUGCCUAAAAGACAUGAAUGCGUCCACGUCAGGCUUUGUUAACUCCUACUCCAGGUGUUGCAGAUAUUUGCAAAGAUACGAAAAUUGUGUACAUAAAAUAAGUGUAUGA